AUGACCCAGCAAGACCACAAACUUGGACGGACAGUACCUGAUGAUGAAGUUAACGAUGAAAUAAGGUUAUAUCGGUGUGCAAGAAAGUAUGAAACCAUUGUCAAACAGUUUGACGAGCUGGUGGAGAUAAUGAACAAUACCACUACAAUACCAAAGACAAGGCGAAAGAGUCGAAGAGGGGGUGCUUCUGGCGGAAAAGCGUCUGGUUCUUCAAACCAGUUAAACAGAAAUGAAGUAAUAGUGCAGACUGUGACAAGGUUUUUGCAUGAACUGAGAACUAAUCCUACAGAUUCUGACAAGGAAGCACAUGAGACAUGA